CCUCUUCAUUGUCCACCAUUCCACGGCCAGCAGCAGCAGCAUAGCCGUCCCAAACCACCACUUGUACCCAUCUCAUGACAAAGUAGUCCCGCUCCCCGUGAUACGGCCACUCUACGUAGUCAAAGCCGAGCAGCCAUAAGAUAACGCACCGAAAAACAUCCUCCACAUUCCGCCACAUACUGUUCAAAGUACGGGGCUGUCGGACGCGGUUUGCCGCUCCGUAAAAUGGCUUCCACGUCUCCCCUCGCUCCGGUUCUGGCCCUCCUCUUUUCCGCCGCCUGGUUUUAUACGGCCAUAUUGGCUCUCUAAUAUAGACUGCCCGGGAUGGGAAGGUGCUAUUCGACGCUACGUCACCGCCUCUACAUAUAAACAGCAGCCUAAGCUUUAAAUAGUGGCGGAGCAGACGGGCCGAGGGGAAGAAAGGAGGACCCGAGGUCCGUGCUGCGGACGUUAGGGACCGCGCACUGCUUGUCUGGUCGUCCAUUGUUCCGGGGCUUCUCUAACCUACUGAAAUGCGACAGUUGUGCCGCUGUACACAUUUAAAUGCCUAAACUCUAUAAGUCUGUGAUUGAGGAUGUGAUCAACGAGGUGCGGGAGCUGUUCCUGGAUGAGGGAGUGGAUGAGCAGGUGCUUCUGGAGCUGAAAACGCUGUGGGAAAACAAACUGUUGCAGUCCAAGGCAGUGGAGGGCUUCCAUACUGAGGAGCAGGCCCUGCAGGCCGCCCAACAGCAGGUUCAGCACCAGGUUCAGCAGGUCCAGCAGGUCCAACAAGUCCACCAUGUGACCCAGCCGGCACAGACCCAGCAAGUCAUUCUGCCCCCUCAGCAGCAGCAAGCUCCCCAGCAGCAAGUUAUUGUUCAAGAUUCUAAGAUGCUACAGCACAUGAGUGCAACAGGGAUGAGUGCAGCAGCUACAGCAGCAACCCUUGCUUUGCCCACAGGGGUCACCCCAUACCAACAGCUCAUCACCAGCCAAGGUCAGAUCCUGCAGGUGGUCCGUGCUCCCAACGGGGCUCAGUACAUCAUCCAGCCCCAGCAGCAGAUCCUCCUGCAGCAGCAGAUGCAGCCUGGUGGCGUGCAGGCCCCGGUCAUACAGCAGGUAUGCCCCAUUAGACAGGUCCUGACUCCUCUGCAGGGAGGCCUGCCCCAGCAAACAGGAGUUAUCAUCCAGCCGCAGCAGAUUGUCUUAGCUUCAGGAAACAAAGGCAAUACACAGGUGAUGCAGGCAGCAGCUCUGGCGCAGCAGCCGAUUCAGGCAGCAACAGCUCAGGCCCAGCAGGUCCAGCAGGUCCAGCAGGUCCAGCAGGCCCAGCAGGCCCAGCAGGCCCAGGGUACAGCUGCACCACAGGUCCCACCGCAGCCACAGGCACCCAUGAUACUUCAGGCGGACGGCACCGGAGACACCUCCUCAGAGGACGACGAGGAUGAGGAGGAGUAUGACGAAGAUGAAGAGGAGGAGAAGGACAAGGAUGGGGGAGAGGACGGGCAGGUGGAAGAGGAGCCACUGAACAGUGGUGAUGAUGUCAGUGAUGAGGAGGACCAGGAGCUGUUUGAUACAGAGAAUGUAGUGGUGUGCCAGUAUGACAAGAUUCACAGAAGUAAGAACAAAUGGAAAUUCCACCUGAAGGACGGGAUCAUGAAUCUGAAUGGGAGAGAUUAUGUCUUUUCCAAAGCCAUUGGGGAUGCUGAAUGGUGAAGUAGAAGAAGAAAACAAACCAACCGCGAAAGCAACAGGAGCAGGAACUCUGUAACUCCCUCUAUCCAGUUAACAGACACUUCAAUAUCCUUCCAUAACCUGUGACUUCAGGAAACAACUUCUGAGUGUUUGAGAACUCUGGCUAACCCAGCGGACCGCGUGGUACCGUAAAACCCGGGUGUUGUCAAAAACACUCAACUGGCCUUUCGGGAUGGGAAACCUACAGGGGAAGUGAACGCCUGCAAACGGAGUCCUCUUGAUCUUUCUUUGCUUCUUCCAGGCUGCUCUACGUUUUUCCUGAGAGAAUUCACACACAAUGGAAAGUAAGCAUUUCACAUCAUACAGGUGUAGUGGACCAGGGUGACCUGACCUGCCCCACCACAGGAGAGUCAGAGGUCAUUCAUUAUAACCCUGUAGAUGAGAAACACCUUCAUGAUGCACUGUAGUCGGUUGACUGGAUUGACUCGUGUCUACAUUUAAGUCCAAACUUAGUGCCACCGGUCAAGAUUUCUGCCUUUUUAGAGCGGCCAGAAUCAACUUUUGGCUUCUAAUUUUUGCUCUUGGAUUGUAAUUCUGUCAAUUCAGUUUAUGAAAAUGGUGCUCCAGAUGGUUUUAUGUAGUUAACAAGUUAUUGUUUUAAACUUAAAAAAAAAAUGUUUCAUGAGGGGUUAAGAAAAAGAAGGUACAAUUACAUUAAUUCUAGAAUAACUAAUAGUUGUAUAAAGGCAUUAUUUUAGUGCUCAAUCCAAAAAUACUGUUAUUUCUCUUGUCUGCUUCUCUGGAGCUUCAUUCCAUCUUUAUUCUUAACAAAAAAAUGAAGAGCAGAUCCAACACUGAAUUAAUUUAAGAAAUGUACAAAAUGUCUGACAGUCGUUCUGUCGGAGUAUCUUCUUUACUCUCAUUUCAGUUCCCUGCAGCCGUCUGAAAAUUUGCACUGUCAGUUUAUCAAUGUGUUGUGGAACCAGUCAAGUUAAUCAAUAGCCACAGCGUGCUCUCUUCUAUUUGUGUGUGAGAGAAAGUGUGAUACAGUGACUGAUUGUACAGGCAUGUGGAGAGUGUGUGGAUGAGUGGGGAUGUUGAUUGAUGUGUGGUGUCACCGCUUUGUCUUUUUUUAUUUUUUUUUUUUUUUUUUUUUUUUUUUGCACACCCAUAAUCUCAAAAUGUCUCAGUAGAAACAGUAAAAUAGUUCAACAUUUAUUUUAUUUUUUUUGGGUGGGGACAGGGUGAUGCCCUUUUUUAUUUUUUAUUUAUUCCUGAAAAUUCAUAAAAUGUUCUAUUUUUUUGAAAGGUUGGAAAGCCGCACCAAACUGUGCUCUUAUAAUCUAAUAAGUGUUCCUUUUUUUUCUCUCUGUUGGUUGGACAAAGCUACAUAACGCUGUGUUCCAAAUAAUUUCGUCCACCGUAUGUUCUCCUAGGCUUUCAUUUUAUUCAUGACUUUUAAAUGAGAAUAUUUUCUAUUGAAGCGAGUUGAACUCGGGGGGGCCUGUGUGUUUCUCUGCAGUUUGUUUUUAGUGCCCCUGUUGCAGCAAUUUGAAAUAAAGUGUGUUUUUUGA